AAAAGCAAAUAAAGACACAGAGUCAGCAAAAAUGGCCUGCAAGCGAGAGAGUGGCCUUUCGAGCAUUUGCAGCCGGGCAGGGCUCUGCGUCGCGCACGCCAAGCUACGGCACAAAUUCAGUAGCUUUAUCAUCUGCCAAAGUCAGAACUGCGCUGUCAGCGCCAAUGCCCGGGGAAAGCAAACGUCGCCGUACCGAGAUCCGUACAGAGAUCGGGGCAAUCUCCCGAAGCACACCUUGCAGCGUCGCGCUUGCGUGCGGGUUCGCGCCGACCUCGUUACAUCUACCUGGGCAUCGCGUGCCCUGCGUGCUGCCACAAAGCUGGCCCCCCAGACCGCCGACUGAGCGAGGAGGGUCGCGGGAAUGGGCGAGCAGCUGAGGCAACAGGGAACCGUAAAGUGGUUCAACGCCACCAAAGGCUUCGGCUUCAUCACGCCUGGUGGUGGCGGCGAGGACCUCUUUGUGCACCAGACCAACAUCAACUCGGAGGGCUUCCGCAGCCUGCGGGAGGGUGAAGUCGUCGAGUUCGAGGUUGAGGCUGGGCCGGAUGGACGCUCUAAGGCUGUGAACGUGACGGGCCCCGGAGGGGCCGCGCCCGAGGGCGCUCCGCGGAACUUCCGCGGUGGCGGCCGCGGCCGCGGCCGCGCUCGCGGCGCCCGCGGCGGCUAUGCUGCUGCGUACGGCUACCCGCAGAUGGCGCCGGUCUACCCCGGCUACUACUUCUUCCCCGCGGACCCCACGGGCCGGGGACGGGGUCGCGGCGGCCGCGGCGGCGCCAUGCCCGCCAUGCAGGGCGUGAUGCCGGGUGUGGCGUACCCGGGCAUGCCCAUGGGCGGGGUGGGCAUGGAGCCGACGGGCGAGCCGUCGGGGCUGCAGGUGGUGGUGCACAACCUGCCGUGGAGCUGCCAGUGGCAGCAGCUCAAGGACCACUUCAAGGAGUGGCGGGUGGAGCGCGCAGACGUCGUGUACGACGCCUGGGGCCGCUCGCGGGGCUUCGGCACCGUGCGCUUCACGACCAAGGAGGACGCCGCGACGGCGUGCGACAAGUUGAACAACAGCCAAAUCGACGGGCGCACGAUAAGCGUCCGGCUCGACCGUUUCGCUUGAGGGCCGCGGUGACGGCUCCCACGCAUAUCCUGCACCAGGGCCGCGCCUGCGGCCUGACAGCCAAGCUGCCGCUCCUGCACCAGACUGCUGCCGCCGCUGUGUCCCACAAUCACGGCUGGCGCACUGAAGCAGCAGUCCCAGCGCAGCAGCCAUGCCCGCGCCCAAGGCCGGGCCGGUGUGGUGGUGUGUGCAGCUGUGGCCGGAUGUAUUUCAGCCGCAGCAGCACUGUAGGAAGAUGUGUGCUGGAGCCAAUCUGCGCCUUCAAUGCGAAGGCUGGGCGUUCCUAGCUCAAACCAGAGAAGAGAUUUACCACAACUCGCCGCAGUUGCCGCAGUUUUGUCAGAUAGAAAUAGGGUAUCCCUAGGGUCACCCAUGCCCUUUCGCCCCUGUACACAUCCAUUGACAAUUCCGUGCCAGCGCCUGACUUCCCCCUUGGACUAGUGCUUUUAUUGACUUCAUAUGUUUGGCUUGCUAUCCGGUUGUGCUCGGCCGCCCGGGAGGCGCUCGUGGCUUCUCAUGUGUCGCGGUGUGUUGACCGGUGUGUUGGCCUUGUGCAAUCCGUUGAUGCAAGCCAAAUUCCAGGACGUCCGUCAUUCGGUGUGUGACCCCGCCUGAGGGCUCGGCACGAUUGCUUCGAAUCGGUCUUGCAGCAGUUGACAGUAGUGCUGCGAAUGGACUGUUAGGAUGCGCGUGGCUGGGCGCGGAGGCUUGUGUGUCUCGGGGCGCAUGGUUUGAUUGGCGGCCGUGACUACUAGCCGCAACACGCGUGUGUGGCACGUGCUUUACGGCUGCUGUCCGUUUGCAGCGCUGUCGGGGUGCACGUGCCGCCGCGCCUAGGAUAGGCGUGCGUCCGGCAUUGCCUGUUGGGUCCUCCCCGCCCGCGUUGGAUUGAAGUGUAGGCAGAGGCGCGGCAAUUGCAAUGUUCGCGGGCGGGUGGGCUGUUGCAGCGCAAUAAGGCUGGAAAGCUCAGCAGCGGCGCGAAGAUCGGGACAGAAUGAGUGCGCGUGUCGACUGGUGCCCACGACUAAGUCCGAGUGGAGUUUCCGAAAAUGCAGGAGGAGUGUAUGUGAGUGCGGUCCAGACACGGAUGACGAGGGGUCGCUGGGCCAUCCCCCUGUGUUUGUUGUGCAAGGGCGGCCCCCCCAGAAGUGGGACCGACCCAGCGCGCUACUGCUGUAAACCGCCCCGACU